UUUUCCAUCAUUCUCCUGCUUUUCUCCUCUCCAACAGGAACCGCCUCCAUCCCUGCCGGGAAAUGUCCUGCUACGACCUCUGCCCCACCACCGGCGGCAUCGCCUGCCCGCAGCCCGUGGCCAACAGCUGCAACGAGCCCUGUGUCCGGCAGUGUCCGGACUCCACCGCCCUCAUCCAGCCUCCCCCGGUGGUGGUCACCUUCCCCGGGCCCAUCCUCAGCUCCUUCCCGCAGCAGGCCGUGGUGGGAUCCACUGGAGUGCCGGCCUUUGGGGCAUCCCUGGGUUCUGGGAGUCUCUACGGCUCCGGGGUUUUCCCGGGAUACGGAGCUCGCUCUGGAUACGGGGUCUCGGCGCUGGCCGGUGGCUCCUGCUGGCCCUCCGCGUCCCGCCGCUUCAGCCGCCUCCUUCGCGGCUCCUGCGGGCCCUGCUGAGAGCACCGGAGCCUCCAGGGAAUCCCGGGAAUGCCCAAAUCCACGGCCACGAGGAUGAGGGGUCGGCGUUUCCACGGCCCCCUUCACAUUCCCGAUCUUUCUCCUGCUUCUUGUUCGGCACCUCCUCCUUGUUUCCUCUCCCUGCCUGUUCCGGCGUUCCCGAUUGAUUGGAGCGGCGUGGGACAGCCCAUUCCCUAUGGAUUUCAGCCACAGCGACCAAAAUCCCUGGACUUCAGCCGGGAGAAGCCAGCUGAGGGCAUCUCGGAGCAGGACUUUGGACUUUCCCCGAAAAUUCUCCGGGAAUGGAUUUUCCCCAAAAUUGUCUGGGAAUGGAUUUCCCACCUUCUGUGAUCUCUGGCUUUGCAAAGGGGCAUUUCUCGCUCAUUAAAACUUUGUUGCAUCACACAGCAGA